AUGCUAGAACAUGAUGUUCAGUUAUGGAACACACCUAUUACAAUGCCAGAUACAUUUACUUUGCAUGAAAAAUCCACAUACCAAAAUGAUAAUAUUGAUGCAGACAAUUUAGAAUCUAAACCACAUUAUAAUCUGCGAAAAAGAUCAAAAACAGAAAAUAUAGAAGAGAGAGCUGAAGAAAUUUUUGAAGAAAAUUUUGAGGAGUUGGGAACAGAAAUACCAGUAAAUCUCGACAAUAUUGAUCUAGAUCCUGAAGAUCUUCAAGGAGCAUCGUUAGAUGAUGCCUGUCUCUUAUACACAUCUAGAUGUGUAUAA